AUGAUUGCUUGUAGUUGUGCGAAGUGCUGGAUCGUUCAGUUGAAGGAAGAAAAUCAGGACCUGCAACUUCCUACCAGUCAGCAUGGAAUAAAGGGCCACAUAAUCAUUUAUCCUCAGCGUCCAGAAGGGAUCACGAAUGUCUUGCCUCCGACGGUAGCUGAUAUUAUCACCCCAAUCUGCGUCAUUUUCGUGGGCUCGUGUCCUCCAACUCGUGCGUGGCUCGAAGAAAAAGCCAAACCUUUGAUAGCUUGUAGAGAAAAGGUUCGUGCCGCAUUAGUUUGGCUAAAGAAACACAACCGCCUGUAUAAGGACAUCACCAUUGAUUUCGAUGUUUUGAAUUCUAUGGAGGAAAAGACAUUGUUGCCCUUUCACGUCGACCAUGUUCUUCCCAGUGAAGCACGCGAUUCGUUGACAUCAAAGUAUGAUGCAACCGAGGCAGUGCAGUUCGAAGAUCCAUCUGAUUUGGGUGACCCUCCCACACCAUCUGAUGAUCAAUCGCGUGCGGCUGAACUGCAAGUUAAUUUUGAGAGUGUCGUAGUUACUGAUGUUGAUGGCAAUGCAUCUGCAAAUGAGUUGCGUGCCGCAGCAGUUUGUCAUAUCAAGAACAAAGGUGGUGGAUAUGUUCAAGUCCCUCACGAUCCUGAACCUGUCAAUGAAUUCUUUGAACCGGACCUCUUUCCAAUGAUUUAUCCCACAUUGUUUCCGUACGGACUGGGAGGAUUUGAGGACCACCUGUGUUCUGAACCGUUAUCGAUCAAGAGACACGUCAAGCACCUGUUCAACCUGGCCGACUGUCGUUUUCAGGAACAUUAUUCAUUUCUAUUCACGGCAUUCAACAUUUUACAGCAGCGUAAGAUUCUGUUACAUACAUCUUUGAAAGUGAAGUGGGACUCCUUCCCAGAAAUAGCCACCAACCUUGCUGCUGUUUCGCCAUGGGCUGUACAUUGUGUCACAGAACGCGUGGCUUGA